AUGGUACAUUUGACCAAGUCUAACGCUGCAUGGGAUGAGUUCCUCAUACCAGCAGUCCGAGCGGAUGUUGGCAAGUAUCUGAAGUCAGUCCAAUUUACGGAGUUCCGCAUCUCAAAAUACACCAAGCCUGCCGAAGACAAGAAGAAAGAGAAGCCCGAGAAAUCCGGAAUCCGAUGGGCGCAAUCUGUGUCAUCGACCAAGGAUACACAACCAUAUCGACUGCCGACCAACAGCUCAACGGAUCACAUCGACUUUGUGAGCGUCUGGGUGACACUGAGCAUGCUGGUACCGAACACCCUUACAAGUCGUUGCAACGAAGGAUAG